UUUGUGUCACUGACUUCCUCUCAGCGCACUAGGCUGUGCUCACUUCCUCCUUCAGUCCCCUGUGUCACUGUAUUUAGGGACAGUUUUAUUCAUACCACUGUUGACAAUUUCCUGGACACUCUUUUGUAUCAUGCCCGUUAUUGGAAGCUGAAGACAGAACAACAAUGCAGAACAUCAAGUGUGUCGUGGUUGGAGACGGUGCGGUUGGGAAAACCUGCCUCCUGAUUUCCUUCACCACCAAUGCCUUUCCUAAAGAAUACGUUCCCACCGUGUUUGACAACUACAGCGCACAGCUGGCUGUAGACUCUAAAGUCAUCAGUCUGAAUCUGUGGGACACCGCUGGACAGGAGGAGUACGACCGUCUACGGACCCUCUCCUACCCACAGACCAACGUCUUCAUCAUCUGCUUCUGCAUCGUCAGCCCCUCGUCCUACGAGAACGUCAAGCUAAAGUGGUACCCCGAGGUGUCAGAACACUGUCCUAAUGUGCCCAUCCUGCUGGUGGGGACUCAAAAGGAUCUGAGAGAUGAUCCAGAGGUGCUGAAGAAGCUCAAGGAGAGGAACCUGUCGGUGGUGUCCCAGCAGCAGGGGGCGGCGCUGGCCCGACAAAUCAAGGCCAGUAAGUACAUGGAGUGUUCAGCGCUCAGCCAGGACGGGGUGAAGGAAGUGUUUACGGAAGCAGCCCUCGCUUUCCUCCACCCCAAAUCAAAAGCCCGCAAGAAAUCGUGUGUACUACUUUAAAUGGGACGGGACCUGAAUAUAUGUAUUUUUAUAUGGGGUAUUUGUUUCAUCACAUGUACAUAUGAACAAAAAUCACACUUAAUAAAAAGUACAAAUGUCAUUACAUUAUACAGUACAACAAAAUAUCAUACUAAGUGGUAUUUAUUUCAAGGGGAAAUAAAAGAAUAAAUGAUAGGAUUCAAAUAAUAAAACAGUACAAAUACACUGUAAAUGCUCAAAAUAAUUAAACAAUUUAGUCAAAUGUGUGCAAAAGAGUGCACAGAACUGACACAUUAUAAGUCAGUGUUUUGAAUUUAAUAAACUUGUUUCUUUUUCAUUUAGAGGAACUUGAAUUUAACUGAAACUGGGCUGGGGAUUUCUAUUUCCCAGCACGCUUUGCCAUGGCACUCAACAUGGAGAGUACAUGCUACAUCUUUUUUUUUUCUUCUUUUUUUUAUGCCAGAUUUAGAAGAACUUCUGUUUGUGACAAGUUUUGCAUAAGAUGGUAUACUGAAUGUUAAAUGUUCUUUAUUUCUUUACUUAUUAAGCUAUUGCUAUGCUAUCAAAUCUUGUUUUACUUAGCAUGUUAGCAUUUAGCUAGCUAUAGUCUAAAUUUCCACUACCAAAAUAUUUAAAUUGAGAUUACGCUAUAAUGUUAGUUGAAGUGUAUUCAAAAUUUAAGAUUUACAGAAGUUUACUCAAUUAUUUCAAGAUAAGAGCAAUUAACAUUUAUUAAUCAUCUCAGAGUUCCUCUUGAACUUUAAAUUAAAUUGUUGAUGUAAUUAUAUUCAUUUU